AUGGGUUGGUUGAAGAAGUUAUUAAAAAAUAUGGUUUCAGCGAAAGCCAGGGCGUACGUGAGGGACUACUGCAGGAGGAACGGUCUGCUGACGCUCUCCGUCUUUGCUGUAGUGACGGGCUGUGUGCUUGGAUUCGCCCUGAGGUCGCUCAACCUGUCCACACAGGCUAAGAUCUACUUCUCCUUCCCUGGAGAACUGCUGAUGAGGAUGUUAAAGAUGUUGAUUCUGCCGCUCAUCACCUCCAGUCUUAUGUCAGGCCUGUCAGCCAUGGACACAAAGGCAAGUGGUCGACUAGGAGUCCUGACUAUCACCUACUACCUGUGGACGACCUUCAUCGCUGUCAUCGUCGGCAUCGUACUGGUGCUCAUCAUCCAUCCGGGGACGGGCUCAGAGAAGGAUGGCCACCAUUCAAGUUCAGGGCCUGUUAUGACCUCAGCUGACGCUCUGCUGGACCUCAUCAGGAACAUGAUCCCGUCAAAUCUAAUUGAAGCAACGUUUCAGCAGUACCGGACGGACCUGGUACCUAUUGUACAGAACUCUGAUGUAAAAGAAUCUCAAGCCAACUAUGUGUAUGUCAUGCCCGACUACCACAACCCUCAAAUGGGCCACCCGGUCUUCCUGGAGAUCACCCCUGCUCCCGACGUCAAGUAUAAAAUCGUCCCAAGUACCAGCAAGGGCAUGAACGUACUGGGGAUUGUCAUCUUCUCGGCCACCAUGGGACUGCUGCUGGGGAAGAUGGGAGAACGGGGAGCGCCAUUGGUCAACGUGUGCCAGUGCAUCAACGAGUGCGUCAUGAAGAUUAUCAACGCUGCUAUGUGGUACUUCCCCUUCGGCAUUGUGUUCCUUGUGGCGGGGAAGAUCCUGGAUAUGCACGAUCCGGCCCACCUGGGGGAGAAGCUGGGCAUGUACUUCAUCACGGUCCUGUCUGGUUUGUUUGUGCACGGCCUCAUCCUGCUGCCUCUCUUCUUCUACUUCUUUACACGCAAAAACCCCUUCCCCUACAUCAGAGGGCUGCUGCAGGCUCUUGUCAUUGCACUGGCCACAUCGUCAAGCUCCGCCACGUUGCCCAUCACCAUGAAGUGUCUCCUGGAGAACUGUGGAGUGGACCGGCAGAUCGCUCGCUUCGUGCUGCCAGUGGGAGCUACCAUCAACAUGGACGGGACAGCCCUGUACGAGGCAGUGGCGGCCAUCUUUAUCGCUCAAGUCAAUGAGUAUGACUUGGACUUUGGCCAGCUGGUAACUAUUAGUAUAACAGCAACAGCAGCCAGCAUCGGGGCAGCUGGGAUACCUCAAGCCGGUCUGGUUACCAUGGUUAUUGUCCUGACCUCAGUGGGGCUGCCGCCAGCUGACAUCUCACUGAUUGUGGCCAUCGAUUGGGUUCUUGAUCGGUUCCGGACGAUGAUCAAUGUUCUUGGUGAUGCCUUAGCUGCUGGGAUUAUGGCUCAUUUAUGUAAGAAGGACUUUGAGAAGGCAGCCACCACUGCUGCAACUCCAACUCCUAGAGACACAGUAAUCUCCUUUGGCAAUCAGAGCGUGGCUAUGUCUGAUGCUCCUCUGAUCACACACCGGUGCGAUUAUGUGUACGAGGUGGAUGGAGAAAACGUGAUGGAGAGACCCGUGGCCUGCUACAACCUCUGCCAAGUCUGA